AAUGGUAAUAGAUUUAUUUAAAGAAUCCCAGUCACCCACUCGGCCUAGCGCGCUUAGAUUCGCCUCGGUGCCAUUUUCUCUGCCAGGGAAAAUGGCGGAUUUUGAUGGCUGAAGUCGAAUCCACAAACAUCUUCUUCCAUACGAUACAUCUUGCUUUAAAACUUAUCAGACGAAAUCUUCAUCUUCUUAUUUUUAGUUAUUUGAAAUUAUUUUCGAAAGUUUGGGCUUUUUUUAAAUAUUUUGAACUGCACAUGUGAUGGCUAAUCUGCCWACUCGAGGAAGGCCGAAGAGCCAAGACGGGACAAAACGUAUUAGCUUGAAAGAAUCAAGUUACAAUCUUUGGAUGGAAAGGAAAAAUAGUCUAAGGAUAAACGGCCUUUCAAACAGUGAAUUCGCUGAAAUUCUUCUUCAUCAAAGCAUGGACGAACUACGCGGAAGAUGCCAAGGAAAUAGAAGUCGCAAGAGGCUCGCAAUUUCAGAKAAACGACGACCCACUUCAACACCGAGCAAGCCGGCAGAAAAAACUCCGGGAGAAACUGCGAGUUCGAUGCUKUCUAGUUUUCCUCUUCUUGACGAUCUGGAAACUUCAUCAGAAGUAGACGUAACAGGUGUCAGUAACAAACCAGAAAAAAGCUUSAAUGUUAUGACUGAGAUAUGGCCAUCAACUACUAAUGUUCUUCAAGGUGUCAAUCCCUAUUACUCCAGUAUAUUGGGCAAUCCCUUUGAAGGAGAUGACGAUGAAAGUGACAGUGAUGUCAGCAGUGGUAGCCACUCUUCAUUUGACGAUGAAAGUGACUUGGACAGUGAGAUUGACUUUGUACAUGUAGAAGAUUACUUUGAUUCUCAUCUGGAAGAAGGAAUACCAUCAGAUAGUGCCACAUUGACAGCUCUGGAGUCAGAAAUAGAGGACCAGAUCGGGACAGAUACAAUGCAGGUUCAAUGGGAUGAAAGCAAUGAACAGUCMAUUUUAGAAGUCCCAUCUCACAGUGAGACAUUAGAAGUGAUGGAAGUUGACAAUUGUGAGACACAACGGUCAAAUACUGGGGAUAGUGAUUGCUCUGUUGCUGUGGAYCAACAUACAACUCGGGAUUUACAUGGAGAGGCAGAAAUGCUGGAGGAAACUCCCUGUACAGAUGAGCCUGAGGCAGAAGUGGAAACUCUUUCUGGACCAUGUAGAUUUGUUGAAUAUAAAGAUAAAAUAGAAGCCAGGGUGAAAAGAACCUUUCAAGAUUUGAAAAAAGUAGAUGAUUCGAUGAAAGAUCACAAGGAAAUGCUGGAGAAGGAAAGGGUAGUUGUGGAGGUUGGAUUGAUUGAGAGAUUAUUUGAAGGACAGUGUCCAAAUGAAAACUGUAGAGAGAAGAGAAAGAUUCUGAGGAAAAACGUUGAAAGUGGCGUGCUUACAAUAAAUUACACAUGCAGUCAAGGUCACCAUGGGAUAUGGCACUCCUCAUCAAUCUUGUGUCAAAAGCGACAUCAAAMGAUCUUUCUUUUUCCAGUUGUCAUGUCAACAGCAAUUCUUCUAUCAGGAAAUAAUUUUGAAAAGCUUGCACACCUAGCCAAGUGCCUUAAAUUGAGCUUUGUCUCUCAAUCAGGGUUUACAAGAAUCCAAUCAUUGUAUGCUGUCCCAUCCAUUGCAGAACUUUGGAAGAGAAUGAAAGAUGAAAUAUGGAACAUUUAUAAAGAGGAGCCUUUGUUGCUGUGUGGUGAUGGUCGAAUGGACUCUCCAGGGUUUUKCGCCAAGUACUGUAUGUACACUAUGAUGGAUCAUUUUUUACAUGUUAUCGUUGAUCUUGAGAUUGUUGAUAAACGAGAAGCUGGGGGAGCAUCAACUUUSAUGGAGAAAAUGGGCUGCAAAAGAAUACUUGAAAGAGUAUUCGGUGUUCUAAAUUGCAGUGAGGUUGUGACUGAUGCUUCAAGUACUAUAAUGAAGAUGGUUCGAGAGUUGAAAGCUAAGAAUCCACAAGUUUUGGGUGAGAUCUUUCACUCAUUGGACAUAUGGCACAAGUCUGUGAAGCUUACUGCCAAGAUAAGUAAGGCAGCAAAGAAAAAGGAUUGCGAACUCCUCAAAGAAUGGGUGCAACCUGUCAGGAACCAUUUCUGGCACUGUGCCGAGCAAUGUCGUGGGGAUAUUGUUAAACUAAAAGAGUCCUGGAUUGGAAUUAUUCACCAUGUGUGCGGUGAGCAUGAAUGGGAGGAAGGUGAAUGUGAUCAUGGGCCAAUGACCGAGCAAGAAAACGACCAAAGAACUUUAGCUAAGAACAGCAAGGCCGCCACUGAAUUACGCAAAAUCAUCUUCGAUCCCAAGUGGCUUAGAAGUCUUCAGUUCUAUGUCUUCUUUAGGCACACAAGUACACUUGARAAUUUCCACUCAAUGAUGCUGAAAUAUGUACCAAAGAGAGUUGGUUUUUCUUAUGAGAUUUUCACUGCAAGAUCCAUACUGGCAGCACUCGACCACAAUUUCAAUUUAUUCCGAGAUAUCACAAACAGGUAUCAUAAGCUGUACUCCAAACGGUCCAAAAACUGGAGAGCUGAACCAGUGAAAGCAGCAAAGACAUACGACUACCUCACUGUUAUCAUGGCUGAUGUGUUGAAACGUAAAGUAGAUGAUACAGRACCAGUUGUCAGAAGAAUUGAAGUUUCACCUGCAAAUCCUAAAAACCUAGCACCAACCAUUGCUCUCAGAGCUGCUCCACCAACCUCAGAACUUGUCAAAACAAGAAUGGGUAGGAUGAGAAAGGAAUCCAAGGAUGUACCAAAGUAAAUAUUACUUUUGGUGUUUCUUUCCUAAACAUGUACUAUUUUAGCUCAGAUUGCUUCACAAGAAAAUAUCUAUGUUGUUUUGUGCUGYAUUUCUUCCCUGAAAAUAUUCUUUACAUUAGUUAGUAUGUUGGAAUAGUUUUUUUUGGAGAAAGGAGACCAAAUAUAUUUUACCACAACAGUAGAUUUGUGUAAUACUAGAAUAURUAUAGCAAAUGAGCUCACCAUCAAGACCAUGACAUUGAUGAAUGAGAGGAAUGUUUAAAUAACUUUUAUGCUUAUAGAAAGUUUAUAAAUAUGAAUAAUUUUAUAUUGUAUAUUAAUAGAAAACAAUGUUGAAUGUUAAAAUUGUUUAAGACUCCAAUGAAAACAUUGUUGUACUGCUAUAUGUCUAAUUUGUGUAAUCAAUAGACAAUAAAGCAAAAGCAGUGUCAGUCAUGAGUCUUGCAACUAGUUUGAACAACAACAACCUAUGGAAACAUAAUAGUCAACAGUAGUGACAAAUAUUGACUUUACCUAUGAAUUUCCAACUAAAAUUGUGAUAACUUUUUCAAAUGAAAUCUGUUUUACCAAGGUGAAGUGAAGUAGUAAAUACAGAGAAAAACUUAUUUUCAUAUCCAUGAAAUAAUAUUUGUAAUAGUUACUAGCGUGAAUGCACUAUGAAACAAAAAUAGUAAAACAAUUGU